AUGCCGAAGCCCCUGCUGCCGCUGCUGCUCCUGCCGCUGGUCCUGGUGGUCCUGGCCCGGAGCCUGGGGGGAAAGGAGUGUCCGUCUCCUCCCUGCGACUGUCACCAAGAGGACCACUUCAGAGUCACCUGCAAGGACAUCUACACCAUCCCCAGCCUUCCGGCCAGUACACAGACUCUGAAACUUACAGAGACUCAUCUGAAAACUAUUCCCAGUCAUGCAUUUUCAAAUCUGCCCAAUAUUUCCAGGAUCUACUUAUCAAUAGACACAACUCUGCAACGUCUGGCAUCUCGUUCCUUCUACAAUCUGAGUAAAAUGACUCACAUAGAGAUUCGGAAUACCAGAAGCUUAACUUACAUAGACCCUGAGGCCCUCAAAGAGCUCCCCCUCCUGAAGUUCCUUGGCAUUUUCAACACUGGACUUAAAGUAUUUCCUGACCUGACCAAAGUGUAUUCCACGGACGUAUUCUUUAUACUUGAAAUCACAGACAAUCCUUACAUGACUUCAAUUCCUGUGAACGCUUUUCGGGGACUGAGCAAUGAAACCUUGACACUGAAACUAUACAACAAUGGCUUCACUUCAAUCCAGGGACAUGCUUUCAAUGGGACAAAGCUGGAUGCUGUUUACCUAAACAAGAAUAAACAUCUGACAAUCAUUGACAAGGAUGCCUUUGGAGGAGUGUACAGUGGACCAACCUUGCUGGAUGUCUCCUAUACCAGUGUCACGGCCCUGCCAUCCAAAGGCCUAGAGCCCCUGAAGGAAUUGAUAGCAAGAAACACUUGGACGUUAAAGAAACUUCCACUUUCCUUGAGUUUCCUGCACCUCACUCGGGCUGACCUUUCUUAUCCCAGUCAUUGCUGCGCUUUUAAGAAUCAGAAGAAAAUCCGAGGGAUCCUUGAGUCCUUAAUGUGCAACGAGAGCAGUAUUCGGAGCCCGCGUCAGAAGAAAUCAGUGAAUGCCUUGAAUGGCCCCUUUUACCAGGAAUACGAGGAGGAUCCAGGUGACAGCAGGGCUGGGUACAAGGAACGCACCAAGCUCCAGGACGCAUCCAGCAACUCCCAUUAUUAUGUCUUCUUUGAGGAACAAGAGGAUGAGAUCAUUGGUUUUGGGCAGGAGCUCAAAAACCCCCAAGAAGAGACCCUACAGGCUUUUGACAGCCAUUACGACUAUAUCGUGUGUGGGGGCAAUGAGGACAUGGUGUGUACCCCCAAGUCAGAUGAGUUCAACCCCUGCGAAGACAUAAUGGGCUACAAGUUCCUGAGAAUCGUGGUGUGGUUUGUGAGUCUGCUGGCCCUUCUGGGCAAUGUCUUUGUUCUCUUCAUCCUCCUCACCAGCCACUACAAAAUGACGGUUCCACGCUUUCUGAUGUGCAACUUGGCCUUUGCUGACUUCUGCAUGGGCAUGUACCUGCUCCUGAUCGCCUCUGUAGACCUCUACACGCACUCCGAGUACUACAACCACGCCAUCGACUGGCAGACAGGCCCCGGGUGCAACACAGCUGGGUUUUUUACCGUCUUCGCCAGUGAGCUGUCAGUGUACACGCUGACGGUCAUCACCCUGGAGCGCUGGUACGCCAUCACCUUUGCCAUGCGCCUGGACCGGAAGCUCCGCCUCCGACACGCAUAUGCCAUCAUGGUUGGGGGCUGGGUUUGCUGCUUCCUGCUUGCCCUGCUACCUUUGGUGGGAAUAAGUAGUUAUGCCAAGGUCAGCAUCUGCCUGCCCAUGGACACUGAGACUCCCCUUGCGCUGGCCUACAUUGUCCUCGUUCUGUUACUCAACAUAGUUGCUUUCAUCAUCGUGUGCUUUUGUUACGUGAAGAUCUACAUGACAGUCCGAAACCCCCAGUACACCCCAGGGGAUCAAGAUACUAAGAUUGCCAAGAGGAUGGCUGUGUUGAUCUUCACGGACUUCAUGUGCAUGGCCCCAAUCUCAUUCUAUGCUCUGUCGGCUCUUAUGAACAAGCCUCUCAUCACGGUGACCAACUCCAAAAUACUGCUGGUUCUCUUCUAUCCACUGAACUCCUGUGCCAAUCCAUUCCUCUAUGCAAUCUUCACCAAGGCCUUCCAGAGGGAUGUCUUCAUCCUGCUCAGCAAGUUUGGCAUCUGUAAACGCCAGGCUCAAGCAUACAGGGGCCAGAGAGUUUCUCCAAAGGACGGCCCUGGUAUUCAGGUCCAAAAGGCUAUCCAGGACAUGAGACAGAGUCUGCCCAACAUGCAGGAUGACUAUGAACUGAUUGAAAACUCCCAUCAAACAAAUAAGCAGAACCAAAUCUCAGAAGAGUAUAAGCAAACAGUUUUGUAGGCUGGCCCUACACGAUGUGCCGUGGUAGGGGACUUAACAAAAGACUGGUUUCUUGAGCGUAUGUGCCAAGGAUGCACACAAUGCAUGGCUGAACCAACCUAACCCGGGGCAGAGAUUUCAGGGGACCAGGGCUCGUCUCUAGAAAGUGACUUGUGUUCAUCUCAUCAUCACCUUGGAGAAGGAAGAUGUGCUACCAACUUACCUGAAGCAUGAUGCUAUCAAAACUGAUGCUCUGGAAGGUUUGUUUAUUGACUACAUUCAGAGAUGACGUCAUGUAAGAUGGUCAGUAAAUAGCAACUGAGCCAUAGCAACAACAAGCUGUUCAGUUUUACACAGCAGUUUACCCUAAGGCUGCCGCAAAUGACAAGUGCUACCAAGUUUGUUGGUGACUGCAAGAUAGCAGAGAGCCCAUCUUGGUUCAGGUCAACGUCAUGAUCCCAAGAGAGUUUGAACUAGCUUGAAACUGAAAAGCCAAACAACACAAUCAGACAUCGAACAAGGAGUAGCUAUUAUGAGACAUGAAGGAAGGGAAGGUCUUAGUUUUGAGUGUUUGUUUUUGUUUUUCUAACUCGUUGAAACGUGUAAUUAUCUCUUCACAAGAAUCUACCUGAAGCGGUCCCGCUAUUAUUUGUUGGCUGGAAAAACAGGCAGGAUUUCAGCUUACGUGGCCUAGAGAACUAAGGAUUGCUCUUCUUGUCUAGACUCAUAGCAUAAAGGACAUGUACUCUAGAGAGUAUUUCUAAGUAGCAAUGAGUGUGAGUUAUGGGCAGAGAGCGCUGAAUAAUCCAUUGAUUAGUGAAGUAGUCUGCCCAUGAGUUAACCACGGGGCCUUGGGCAAAUCAAUCUGUCUCUGGGCGGCAGAAUUCUGUGCAAGUAGAGGGAUUCAAAUGGCUCCUUCCAGUUCUAAUACUCCAUGCCCAUUCAUUUCCCUCAGAACCUAUAACAAUGAGAAAGAAAAGCACUAAGGGAAUUGAAUGUGUUUUUUCCACCUUAUAGGACUUCUUGUUCUCUUUGGAGCCUAGAUGUGAGGAAACAUCACAAAGUUCUGGAGAAAUUGGAAUUUUUCCACAAAUGUUUUGAAGCCCUCAAUAAUUUUUUUUCUGUUGCCUUUUUGGUUAUAAUGUCUGAGCCAAAAAUUCAACUGAGUGACCAUGUUGUCUUGGAUCUGAAUCGCUAGUCAAAUACUAGUUUAUAAACCUAU